CAUGAUACGUCUCCUUGUAGGUAGUAGAGCAAAUGUGCGUCUCCCUUGCCGUCAUGUUACACGACUUUACUGGCAGGUCCAUGCGGGGAGAGCACUUGCAAUAUUUCCCCUUCGCUGGAGAAGUUGUCCAGUUUGUGCGCUAGCUCGCACGAACCAUGUCAACAUGGCGCAGACUGGGAGUCCGGAGGUGGCUCACCUUCAGACGGGUCACGCUCGAGCACCGGUGGUCAUAUAGACUAAUGAUGCCGGGACGAAGCCUGCAAACAGGCACUCCUCGGCCGAAUGACUUGAUUAAAGAUCUGAAGGGCAAAUGGGCCGCCACCAGGGAGAAGAUCUCGGACGCUCUGCCAGGGAGCUCCUGGAACCCCAUUGAGGUCAACCCCGAACUCCCACCGGAGAGGGCCGAUAUAGUGAUCGUGGGCGGCGGCGUGAUGGGCUGGUCCAUCGCCUACUGGCUCAAGCAGAUGGAGACUCAACGUGGGGAGGUCAGAGUUGUCGUGGUGGAGAAGGAUACCACGUACUCCAAGGCGUCCACAGUGUUGUCCGCUGGGGGGAUCCGGCAGCAGUUUUCCCUGCUGGAGAACAUCUGCCUGUCUUUGGAGUCUGCACACUUCCUGAGGAACAUCAACGACCACCUUGGGGUAUUGAACGAAGAUGCCGUGGACCUGCAGUUCAACCAAUCAGGAUAUUUGUUCCUGGCCAGCGAGAAGGUGGCACACAUCAUGGAGGAGAACUACAAGACCCAGAGGUCAGCUGGAGCCCAAGUGGCCCUUCUCUCCGCCACACAGCUAAAAGACAAAUUUCCGUGGAUCAAUACGGAAGAUGUGGUGCUAGCUUCAUAUGGUCUGGAGAACGAGGGCUGGUUUGACCCCUGGACUCUGUUGAACGCCUUCAAGAGGAAAGCCAUAUCAUUGGGUGCCAUCCAGUGUGCUGGAGAAGUCACCGGUUUUAAUCAUAUGUCAAACCUGGUGACCACAGUAGAGGGUGACCAAUUGCAAACGACAACGAUCAAAUCUGUUAAAGUGCAGAUGCCCAACAGCCUGGAGUACCAGCUAGUGGAAUGCGCCAUUGUGGUCAACGCAGCCGGAGCUUUUUCCGCUAAACUGGCCGAGCUGGUCGGAAUGGGAUUUGGCCCCAAAGACACGAUAGCCGCAAUUCCACUUCCUGUCGAACCCCGUAAAAGGUUCGUGUACGUGGUCCACUGUCCCGACGGUCCCGGUCUGGACACGCCUUUCCUGAUCGACCACUCUGGAGUGUACUUCAGGAGGGAGGGGCUUGGCGGGAACUACAUCGCUGGAAUGUCACCGGAGGAGGGGGAGGAGCCGGACAUCACUAAUCUGGACGUGGACCACCAAUUUUUUGAGGACAAAAUCUGGCCCAAUCUGGCGAAGCGUGUUCCUGCUUUUGAAAAAUUGAAGGUGACGAGUGCGUGGGCGGGCUACUACGACUACAACACCUUGGACCAGAACGGCAUCGUGGGCCUGCACCCGCUCAUCAAAAACAUGUACUUCGCCACGGGCUUCAGCGGCCACGGCCUGCAGCAGUCGCCCGCCGUGGGCCGCGGCGUGGCCGAACUCAUCCGGGAGGGCACCUUCCAAACGCUGGACCUGAACGGCCUGAGCUUCAGACGCAUCCUGAAGCAGGAACCCAUGUUGGAGAGGAACAUCGUGUAGAUCUUCAACCAAACGCUGGUUUUGAAAUCCCCAAAAGUAUCAUUGUAAUAUAAUGAUGUCACAAUCAUGCUACAUUAUUUUAUGCUAGUUGUGUUCAUCUCAGGCAUUUUUUUUUUUCUACCAAUGAAGCAGAAAAGCUCUUCUUUAACGUCGUCGUCGUUCUUAGCAGCUUGGCAAUGCGUGACGGCCAAAUGCCUUCAGUUUAAAAAAGCGAGUCACUCAGUCAACUUGUAAAAGAAGCGUCUUUUCUUUUACUUUCAACUAGGAGUGUAACGGUACACACAAAUUUCGGUUCGGUACGUACCUCGGUUUAGAGGUCACGGUUCGGUUCAUUUUCGGUACGGUAAGAAAACAACAAAAUAUACAUUUUUGGGUUAUUUAUUUACCAAAUUUGCAAAACCUUCCACCAAAAAUAUUUUUCUUAGUGGAAUAUUUGAUGUGAAGUAAUCGGAACCUUGGAUAGGUCAAUAAUUCAUAAUAACGUU